AUGCAGAGAAACCUCCGCCUUUCCCUCAAACCAAGUCCCCCCUCGAAUGGCAGCAGCAGCAGUAGCAGCAGCACCACCACCACCAUCACCCCUCUCGCUACCACAGCCGCAACCCUCACCAGCCCGACAAGCGCAUCAUCGCCGUCAUCACCACCCCCACCACCACCACCACCCGCGACGGCGAGCGCCGCGCAGCUGCUCGCCAUCAAGCGCGCCGCGGCGGUCAAGGCCCGGCUCGCGACGGCGCACGAGGGCUGGGCCCUCGCGGUGCGCGCCCUCGCCGCCCGCGACCUCGUCACCCUCCCGGCCCCGGCCCCGGCCCCGGCCCCGGCCCCGAUGCCGAUGCCGAUGCCGACUACGCCAGUUCCCUCGGCCGAUACCGGGAACGGGAACGACGUCAGCGGCAACGAGAACAACGGAACCGCCGGAGACGACUCGGUCUCGUGCGAGCUCGACGGGCUCGGGCGGGCCCUGGUCUCGCGCUACGCCGAGGCCAUGUUCCUGUGGCACGUGCUGCGGGACAUGGCGCCGGGGGACUGGUUCGGCCGCAGCGACGGCGGCGGGGACGGCAGCGGCGGCGGUGGCGGUGGUGUUGGUGGUGGUGGUGGGGAGAUGUGGGAGGCGACGGUGCGGCGGCUGGGCGCGCUGCGGGAGCUGGAGGCGAGCCUGGUCGUCUGGGAGGAGGUCGUGCUGCGGCUGGUGGAGCUGGUUGACGGGCAAAAAGGACAACAACAAGAAGAAGAAGAAGAAGAAGGGGAAGGGAAGGGGGGGUUAAGAAGGUGGAGGACGGGACGACGACGAGGAGGAGGAGGAGGAGGGGCCAACGACGACGACGACGAUGACGACGAGCUGAAAGUGAAGGUGGUCGGGGUGCUGGAAGGGUGGAGGAAGGGGCUUCCCUUUCAGGGGCGCUGA